AUGAAAUUGGGUUCAACGUUAGGCCUUCUAACAGCAAUACUAGCUGGUACGGCACUUGCAGCGGACACAACAAGUAAUUCAAGUUCAUCGAUAUCACCAAUUGAGGUUUCUGGGAAUGCGUUUUUUAACAGCAAGACUGGAGAGAGAUUCUAUAUUCGGGGGGUUGAUUAUCAGCCCGGCGGGCCUUCGAACUUGACUGAUCCAUUGGCAGACAGCAGAAUCUGUGGGCGUGAUAUACCGCUGUUUAAGGAACUUGGUAUCAAUUCAAUUAGGGUAUAUACGGUCGAUAACUCUCUGGAUCAUGAUGAGUGUAUGCAGAUGUUAGCCGAUGCGGGGAUUUACUUGAUCCUUGAUAUUAACACUCCUACGGCUUCUAUUUCAAGAGUAAAUCCAGGUUGUUCGUAUAAUGCACAUUAUUUGCAAAGCUUGUUUGCAACAGUUGAUGCAUUUGCAAAAUACGACAAUGUUUUAGGUUUCUUUGCAGGAAAUGAGGUGCUUAACGAUGAAAAAAAUACUAAGUCAGCCACUUAUGUUAAGGCUGUAGUUAGAGAUGUGAAGAAAUAUAUCAAGGCUAGGAACUACAGGAAGAUCCCAGUUGGUUAUAGUGCAGCGGAUGUGUCGAGCAAUCGUGUUUUGUCAGCUCAUUACUUCAAUUGUGGAGAUGAUGAGGAUGCCCGGAUAGAUAUGUUUGGUGUUAAUGAUUAUUCUUGGUGCGGUGAGUCUUCCUUCAGGGUUUCUGGUUACUCAGAGAAGAUGCAGCUGUAUAAAGGUUAUUCCGUUCCUAUGUUCUUAUCUGAAUUUGGGUGUAUUAAAGUCGAAUCAGCUAGACCCUUCAGCGAAAUCUCUGUUAUCUAUUCCGAGUUAAUGUCAUCUUUGUUUUCAGGCGGACUUGCCUAUGAAUAUUCUCAAGAAGUUAACAAGCAUGGAUUGGUUGAAAUAGGUGAAGGUAACAAUAUCACAAAGUUGCAAGAUUUUGAAAACCUCAAAAAUCAGUACUCAAAGACUUCUAAUCCUACGGGGGACGGCGGUUAUUCUAAAGAUAGCAACUAUUCAGAGUGUCCUGUGUAUCAAGAGGGUGUGUGGGAAGCAAAUAAUACCUUACCAGAGAUGCCUAGUGCUGCAUCCGCUUAUUUCACUAGUGGGGCGGGAACUCCGUUGGGUACUGGGUUGAUGACUCAAGAAUUGUGUGAAGAUGCCAGUAUUGAUGAUGAUCCAAAGCCUAGCAGCAUUAGUUCAUCUCAAAGCUCAACUACUGCCUCUUCGACAGCGACAACAGCUAGUAGCAAAGGUGCUGCUGCACCUGGUUUACAUGCUCCCCUGGCCUUUAGGAUUUUGGUUUAUCUAGCUGAAUUUGCGUAUUGA